AUGUUCAUUGCGCGUACACGGAGAUUUCCAUCACUUUCGACUUUCUUAAUUCAAGCUCGGCCGCGGCAGUUUCCUAUCCAGCCGCGCUUCUCGACAAGAGCGACCAUGUCCGAUACAACUCCCCAACGUCGCCUGCAGAGGCCUGUGAUUUUCGUCUGCGACCUCCAAGACAAGUUCCGCAAUGCCAUCUUCGAGUUCGACAAGGUAGUCAAGACAACAAGCAAGCUCCUUCGUGCCGCCGAGACUCUCAAGAUCCCAGUCUACACCACGACGCAGAACCGCGCACGCCUCGGCGAUACCGUCCCAGAGCUUGCUCCUUUUCUCAAGGAGUCAGACCUGAUCCGUGCCCCCAUCGACAAGACCAAGUUUAGCAUGUGGGUACCGGAGAUCGCUGGGGAGUUCGCCGGAAAGGGAGAACACCAGGUGAUAAUUGUGGGCAUCGAGUCGCACAUUUGCGUGACGCAGACGGCAUUGGAUCUGCUGGCAGCGGGCCACAAGCCCUACGUGAUUGCAGAUGGUGUUAGCAGUUGCAACCGCGAGGAGGUGCCCAUUGCGCUGGCAAGACUGAGGCAAGAGAGCGUCACGGUUACCUCGAGCGAAAGCCUGCUGUAUGAGCUGAUGGGCGACGCGGCAGUCCCCGAAUUCAAGGCCAUUGUGGGACUGGUCAAAGAGACGGGCAAAGACACCAAGGAGAUUCUACAAGCUCUGGUGCCCAAGAUUUAA